AUGCUGGGCGCCCGCGGCGCGGGGCUCGCGCGGGGCCUGCGGGCCGUGGCGCUGGCGUGGCCGUGGGGCGCGCGCGGCCGCUCCCUGGCCCUGGCGCGCGCGGCCGGGGCGCCCCGCCGCCGGGACCCCGGGGACCGGCCGCCCUCCUCCGCGGGGCCGGCCCCGCUCCGGCGCCGGCUCAGCCUGUCGGCCGCGGCGGUGGUGGCCUCGGCGCCUCGCCCCCUGCGGCCCUACCUGCGCCUCAUGCGGCUGGACAAGCCCAUCGGAACAUGGCUGUUGUAUCUGCCAUGUACCUGGAGCAUAGGGUUGGCAGCUGAACCGGGCAGUUUUCCAGAUUGGUACAUGUUAUCCCUCUUCGGCACUGGAGCUGUUCUGAUGCGUGGAGCAGGCUGUACUAUCAAUGACAUGUGGGACCGGGACUACGAUAAAAAGGUUACCAGAACAGCAAGCCGCCCAAUAGCUGCUGGAGACAUUUCAACUUUUCAGUCCUUCGUUUUUCUCGGGGGACAGCUGACCCUGGCACUGGGGGUUCUUCUGUGUCUGAAUUACUACAGUAUAGCUCUUGGAGCAGCAUCCCUACUUCUUGUCAUCACCUAUCCACUAAUGAAAAGAAUUACUUACUGGCCUCAAUUAGUCUUGGGGUUCACUUUUAAUUGGGGAGCACUACUUGGAUGGUCUGCUGUGAAAGGCUCCUGUGAUCCAUAUGUUUGCCUGCCUCUUUAUUUUUCUGGAAUUAUGUGGACUCUAAUAUAUGACACUAUCUAUGCCCAUCAGGACAAGAGAGAUGAUGCUCUGAUUGGCGUGAAGUCCACGGCACUGAGGUUUCGUGAAAACACCAAGCAAUGGCUCAGUGGCUUCAGUGUAGCGAUGCUGGGGGCAUUGAGCCUGGUGGGCGUGAACACUGGUCAGACCGCACCCUAUUACACUGCUCUGGCUGCUGUCGCAGCCCAUCUGACUCACCAGAUUUACACUCUAGACAUUCACAGACCCGAGGACUGUUGGGAUAAAUUUGCCUCCAACCGAACAAUAGGACUAAUUAUUUUUUUAGGGAUUGUCCUCGGAAACUUGUGUAAAGAAAAGAAGACGGAUGGAACAAAGAAAAAUACAGAUAGUAGAACAGAAAAUUAG